CGCCUGUCAUGGCGACAUGGCGACAGACAUUGAUUUGCGYGUUUACUACUGGGGUCUCAACUCGACCUUUUGGGCCCACAGAAAGCUUUUCGUCAAGGAAAUAUAUGAAUUAAAGGAAAGCAAGGAGUACAAAGGUAUUUACCAAAGUGGAAAUCAUGUGAUAAUAAGAGUAGAGGUAUUGGGAACUAUUGUUUCCGUGGAUGAUCGAGAAAAACUUACUGUUUAUGGUGUAGAUGAUGGUACAGGGAUAAUAUCAGGCUGUUACUGGAAAAUAAACAGUUCAACAAUAGACCUGUAUUGCCUUGGUCAAUUAGUGACUUUCCAAGGGAAAUUAACCACAUUCCGUGAUCAGCGACAGUUAACAGUAACUUCCAUAGUUUUAGAGAGUAACCCUAAUGCUGAGAUUCUGUUUUGGCUCGAUGUUGUCAAAUUAAACACAGAAGUCUAUAGCACUCCAUAUGUYCUUCCUGAUAUGGCUAGUGAAAGUGGUUCUUCUUCAAGCACACAACAAUUAAUGGAGUUCUUAUCAAAAUACACACAGGAGUCAGAAGUAAAUGGAUUUUCAUUUAGAGACUUGUGCUCUAAGUCAAGUGUGCGGCAAAUAGCUCUGACUAGUUUGGGUUCAAAUGUUAUUGAUCAGGCUAGCAACACAAGAUGCUUUUCUGAGAUUUGCAAAGUGGUACGAAAGAUGCUGACUCAGCUGGAAAUGAAAGGAGAAAUAUAUUACAAAGAUGCRUCAAUGGAUUCCUAUGAGAUUAUCACAGAUGAUCAUCACUUGAAGCCUGCCAUUAUAAAAGCUAUCAAGGACAUUAGUAAAGGGUCGCUACAUCAAGGUGCUCACAUUGCAAGGAUUACAGAUGCUCUACACUCUACACAAAGUCUUUGUCAUGUUGGUUCUGCCAGAAUUCUAGAUUCUUUGAAGAAACUUAUCUGUGAGAGUGAGAUUUAUCAACAAAGUAAUCAGGUGUACUGCAUUGUAUGAUCAAGGGCGGAUCCAGGGGGAGGGUUGGGGGGGUCGCGACCCCCCUGUCAUUCCUGAGGUCAAAUGGGUUUCUUGUGGUAAAAAUGUGACUGGGAUUCCUUUGCCCACAAAAUUUACCCCUGAGACCCCCCCUUCAAAAAACCCUGGAUCCGCCCUUGAUGAUUAUGGUGCACAAUUACAGGGAUGGGGGAGGAAUGAUUUGAGGGGGUUAAUKGCAAUUACUCCCCCCACCCCACAAUGGAAAAUCCUGUAUACACACCCUGCAUCAUGUAGACAGCACAUCCAUUUAGUCAUGUAAGAGCAAAACGAUGAGAAAAAUGGUGAGAUAAGAAUGUCAGUUUUAUUAAUAUAAUAUGUAAUUAACUGAUCAGAUAUCUGUAACAGUUAGAAAUKCUUCUUUGUUAUGUUUCUUAUUACUACUGUGAUCAUUUAUGGCAGUCCAAAAUAAAUUUAGAAAAUGUC